CCUUUCCUAGCUAUACUAUGCGUACUUGGAGAUGCUCCGUACCACAACAUACCGUCCAUAACCCGCAAGACUAUCAAUUGGCGAUGUGGGCGAUUCCUCCCUCAAUUGAUACUUGCUGAUUCCAUGGCGAGAACAACAAGGUCGAAAGGCGGCGCUGCUACGGGUAGUAGCGCGGGGACAAAAGGGAAGACAGCAACAGCAACGGCAACGGCAACGGCAUCACGUUACACUCUCCCCAAAGAGUCGGCCAACCCACCACAGCUCUUCGUUCUGCCAAAGAAGGCUACACAGGAGUCGCGAGUCGUUACCUUACGGAACCCCCGCUACUUGAAGCCUACGAGGUAUCUAGUGUGCCCGGAAAAUGGGAUAUACGAGUUCGCCAAGAUAGCCGCGCCUAGCUCAGCUGCUCGAAGCUGGCUCUUGGAGAAUUCGCCUGCAAAACUGGUUGCAGGAGAGACGGAAGAAUCGACCGACAAUGGCAGCAGCUUUAAUGCGCAUAUCGUGAAGGAUGCCGAUUUAUACGUCGCUUCGCCCAUCGACCCAUUGUUCCUGGUCCUGCCCGCCCUCUCUGCCGCUCGUUCGUCCAAGUCGUCAGAUGCCCCGAAGCGCAUGUUCCUAUCCAGCGAUGAUCACUUCGACGUCAUUGCCGAGUCGUCUAAUCAUCUCUCCGAGAUCUUGAGGUGGCCGCGGGUGAGGGAUCUGUUGGAGUCAAGGAUGUCUGCGAUAUGCGACACAGUCGAUGCAGGGGACGAGAACAUGUUCCGGUUGAACGAAGGGAAGCUCUUGGCUGAGAUUCUGUCGAAGGCACAGAAAAUGAGCGAGGGCGGUUUGCCCAAGAGCAUGGAGGAGAAGUUCGUCACCAAGCCGUUGGAGGCUCCGUUCCUUGCCUCGAGAAGCCAGCCUGCCUUGGGUCCGACCACAAGCCACGAUGCGUCUCCAUUAACCACCGACGGUGUUACAACACCACAGACCGAGGCUACAGAGUCUCAAGAGUCAACAUCCUCUGUCGAGUCUUCGGAUAGCUUAGCUUCUGCCGCUUCUGCGGCAUCUACGGCGGCAACCUCGGUCACGAACGAGCUAGCUCCUGCUGUGACGGAGGAAAUUGCAGUGGCAAUGAUAGCCUCUGAGGAGGUUAUCAAACUGCAAAGGCUGAGAGUCGCCUUCAACUUCAUAUGCUCAAGUUAUAUUCCCCCUUCCAUGGCAGACUCUCUGAAGGAAGGACUGGCAACCGGCGGCGGAUCCGUCGAUUUUGCACCCCUUGAGGAUUACCUUGGCCGCCUGACACAGGUGCGGCAGGAGGCCAUGGCAGCGCGAUCACUCACCGACUAUUCUCGCAAACGGACAUUAGACGAGGAGGAGGACGAGAGGGCGGAAAAGAGGCGAAAAAAAGAAGACGAGGAAAAACGGAAGAAGGCGGGAGAGAGUCGGGGAGUCAGGGAUCUGAAAAAGGUUAAUGUAAACGGGAUGAAGAAGUUGAGCGACUUUUUCAAGAAGAAAUGAAUGCGGCUUCCUGCGGGUGCUGGAAAGACGGAUUACAAGGAAUGGGGAUAUGGAGGGUUUGCAUUUCAGGCCUCAGCGGUCAGUGGUCAGUGUGGACGGAGUUUUUGGUGGGUAUCGUCGUUGCAUUCAUGAUAUGUAGGGGGUCUAUAGGUAGUUAGGCAGUGUAUGAUGGCGUCGUAUAUGUUGGAUCA